CACUACUCAUCUUGCCUGACACGCUUCACAACAGUUCACUUCCUUGGGUUCUCGUACCACCAACCUCUCUCGCCAAGAUGUCUACGGUGACCCGCGCAUACCUCGACCAGAGGCUCGCCGUCGCCAAGCGCUGCUCCAGAGAGGCCGCGGCUGUCGCCACCGUUGCAGCAGCAGUCCCCACCCUGGCGAGCGUGAGGAAGCUGCCGUUGGCCAAGGCACACAUCAACCCAACUGGGCAGGCGCUCAUCAUCUCCACCGUCGCCGGGAUGGCCUACUUCAUCGUUGCCGACAAGACCAUCCUCUCCAUGGCCAGGAGGCACUCCUUCGAGGAAGCGCCGGAGCACCUCAAGAACACCUCCUUCCACUAAUUAGGCUGUAAUAGAUCCAUAUUAGUAGUGCGCAAUAAGCCGUAUGCGCCGGCUCUAUCGUA